GGACUCAGUGGGGGAGUCGGUGAGGGACUAUGGGGAAGGACCAGGAGCUGCUGGAAGCUGCUCGCACUGGAAAUGUGGCUCUGGUGGAGAAACUCUUGUCUGGCAGGAAAGGAGGGAUCCUGGGCGGUGGAUCCGGACCCCUGCCCCUGUCUAAUCUGCUAAGCAUCUGGCGAGGCCCCAAUGUGAACUGCACUGACAGUUCGGGUUACACUGCUUUACACCACGCAGCCUUAAAUGGACAUAAGGACAUAGUUCUCAAACUACUUCAGUAUGAGGCAUCAACAAAUGUGGCAGACAACAAAGGUUAUUUUCCUAUUCAUCUGGCUGCCUGGAAAGGAGAUGUGGAAAUAGUGAAGAUUCUUAUUCAUCAUGGACCAUCACAUUCUAGAGUCAAUGAACAGAACAAUGAAAAUGAAACUGCCCUACACUGCGCAGCUCAAUAUGGACACUCAGAAGUAGUUGCAGUUCUCCUAGAAGAGCUCACUGACCCUACGAUUAGGAACAGCAAGCUUGAAACACCACUGGACCUGGCAGCACUCUAUGGACGGCUUAGAGUAGUCAAAAUGAUCAUCAGCGCACACCCUAAUUUAAUGAGCUGCAACACUCGAAAGCACACGCCGCUUCAUCUUGCUGCCCGAAACGGCCACAAAGCAGUUGUACAGGUGCUGUUGGAGGCAGGAAUGGAUGUGAGCUGUCAAACAGAAAAAGGGAGUGCCCUUCAUGAAGCAGCUUUGUUUGGAAAGGUGGACGUCGUGCGAAUUUUGUUAGAAACAGGAAUUGAUGCCAACAUAAAGGAUAGCUUAGGUAGAACUGUCUUAGACAUUCUGAAAGAACAUCCAUCUCAGAAAUCUCUCCAGAUUGCAACACUCUUACAAGAAUAUUUAGAAGGCGUGGGAAGAGCACCAGUCCUUGAAGAGCAUGUACAGGAAGAUAAAACACAAGAAACCCACAUCUCAUCGCCUGUUGAAUCUCCUUCCCAAAAGACCAAAAGUGAAACUGUGACUGGAGAACUAUCAAAACUCUUGGAUGAAAUAAAACUCUGUCAAGAAAAGGAUUAUUCUUUUGAAGAUUUGUGCCAUACAAUAUCAGACCACUACUUAGAUAACUUGAGCAAGAUUUCAGAGGAAGAACUUGGGAAAAAUGGAAGCCAGAGUGUAAGAACUUCAUCUACAAUAAAUUUGUCACCAGGAGAAGUGGAGGAAGAUGAGGAUGACGAGAACACCUGUGGGCCCUCGGGAAUCUGGGAAGCACUGACUCCUUGUAAUGGCUGCAGAAACCUCGGCUUCCCCAUGCUGGCACAGGAGUCCUAUCCAAAGAAGAGAAAUUAUACUAUGGAAAUUGUACCAUCUGCUUCUCUGGAUACUUUUCCUUCAGAAAAUGAGAACUUUCUUUGUGAUCUCAUGGACACAGCUGUUACAAAGAAACCUUGCUCCUUAGAAAUUGCAAGGGCACCGUCCCCAAGAACUGAUAAUGCCUCUGAAGUAGCAAUUACUGCUCCAGGAACUAGUAACCAUAGAAACAGCUCAACAGGCCCAACACCUGACUGUUCACCUCCAUCUCCUGACACUGCCCUCAAAAAUAUUGUAAAAGUUAUUCGGCCCCAGCCUAAACAGCGAACAUCCAUUGUGUCUUCUCUGGAUUUUCAUCGAAUGAAUCACAACCAAGAAUAUUUUGAAAUCAACACAUCAACAGGGUGUACAAGCUUUACUGCCAGCCCUCCUGUUAGCCCACCCACCUCUUCUGUGGGAACCACAGAAAUUAAGAAUGAGGACACUGACCAUACAGAUGACCUCUCUCAACAGGAAGACAAUGAUCCCCCUAAAGAAUAUGAUCCUGGGCAAUUUGCAGGCCUUCUCCAUGGAUCUUCUCCAGCCUGUGAAUCCCCUGAAAAUCCAUUUCAUCUCUAUGGGAAAAGAGGUCAAUGUGAAGAAAGUCAAGAUGAAGUCAGUUUGGCAAACAGUCCUUUGCCUUUCAAGCAGACUCCAAUAGAAAAUAACUCAGAACCUGUGGUAAAGAAAAUUAAACCCAAAGUGGUCAGUAGAACAAUUUUUCAUAAAAAAAGCAACCAACUCGAGAACCAUACCAUUGUCGGCACAAGAACAACCCGGAGUGGAUCCCGGAGUGGAGACCAGUGGGCUGUGAACACGGGGGGAUUUGUGGAAAGAGCAUGUACUCUGGGGAGAAUAAGGUCAUUGCCUAAAGCCCUGAUCGACAUGCAUUUAUCCAAAACUGUCUCUAAAUCUGAUUCUGAUCUCAUCACCCACCCUUCAAAGGAGAAAGCAUCAAGAGUUAACUGGAGUGAAACUUCAACUGCUGAACACAGUUCUAAAGGGAAUUCUGAAAGAACACCAUCUUUCACAUCUGAAUGGGAAGAAAUUGACAAAAUAAUGAAUUCCAUAGAUGUUGGAAUCAACAGUGAACUUGAAGAGAUGAAUGGUGAGAGCACAAGACCCAGAUGCCCUGUCCAAACAGUGGGACAAUGGUUGGAAAGCAUUGGGCUACCUCAGUACGAGAACCACCUGAUGGCUAAUGGAUUUGACAAUGUGCAGUUUAUGGGAAGCAAUGUUAUGGAAGAUCAGGAUUUGUUGGAAAUUGGAAUCCUUAAUUCUGGGCACAGGCAAAGAAUUCUACAAGCAAUCCAGCUCCUUCCAAAGAUGAGACCCAUUGGUCAUGAUGGUUACCAUCCCACCUCUGUAGCCGAGUGGCUGGAUUCCAUUGAACUGGGUGACUACACCAAAGCCUUUCUAAUUAAUGGCUACACAUCGAUGGACCUUUUGAAAAAAAUCUGGGAAGUUGAACUUAUUAAUGUUUUAAAAAUCAAUUUGAUUGGCCACAGGAAACGCAUUUUGGCAUCUCUGGGAGACAGGCUGCACGACGACCCUCCACAGAAGCCCCCUCGGUCCAUCACCCUCAGGGAACCCAGUGGUAAUCACACUCCUCCUCAGUUGUCUCCAUCACUUAGCCAAAGCACUUACACCACUGGUGGCUCCCUAGACGUUCCUCACAUUAUCAUGCAGGGCGAUGCAAGGAGGAGAAGAAAUGAAAACUACUUUGAUGAUAUUCCCCGAUCAAAACUGGAGAGGCAGAUGGCCCAGUCGUCUGUCUGUGAGAUAUGGACGAAUCAGAACGCUGGAUUUCCUUUCUCAGCGAUCCAUCAGGUCCAUAAUACAGGAGACUGGGGAGAGCCUUCUAUCACCUUGCGACCUCCAAAUGAAGCCACAGCCUCUACUCCAGUACAAUACUGGCAGCAUCACCCAGAAAAGCUCAUCUUCCAAUCGUGUGACUACAAAGCUUUUUAUUUAGGUUCUAUGCUGAUAAAAGAACUCAGGGGGACAGAAUCAACCCAAGAUGCUUGUGCAAAAAUGCGGGCUAACUGUCAGAAGUCUACAGAGCAAAUGAAGAAGGUCCCUACUAUUAUUCUUUCAGUCUCGUAUAAAGGAGUCAAAUUUAUUGAUGCAACAAAUAAGAACAUAAUUGCCGAGCAUGAAAUUCGUAAUAUCUCCUGUGCUGCCCAGGACCCAGAAGACCUCUCAACCUUUGCUUAUAUCACAAAAGAUUUGAAGUCCAAUCACCACUACUGUCACGUGUUUACUGCCUUCGAUGUGAAUUUAGCUUACGAAAUCAUCUUAACACUCGGACAGGCAUUUGAAGUCGCUUACCAACUAGCACUACAAGCAAGAAAAGGGGGCCAUUCCUCCACGCUUCCAGAAAGCUUUGAAAACAAACCCUCCAAGCCCAUCCCCAAGCCCCGCGUUAGCAUUCGCAAGUCAGUGCCUUUCUGUUUUAAAGCAGAUCGACCCGUCUGAGCAAAAGACUCUGGCCAAUCUGCCGUGGAUUGUGGAGCCGGGGCAGGAAGCCAAGCGGGGCAUUAAUACCAAGUAUGAAACCACGAUUUUCUGAUCCCCGCGUCCUCGCGUCCUUGCGGUGCCUUGCCCGCCCGCGGCCGGAGCAGGCUUUCCUCGGCGCCGCCCCAGCCCGGAGGAGGACCGCCCCGCUGGUGGCCGCGCCCCGGGCCGGGGCCCCGGCCGUCCGGGCAGGUCCUCGCUGCACCCAGGGCGGAAACGCAACGACCCCCAGCGCAGCCCCGAGGGCGAGGCCCGGCGCCUGCUUGGCUGGGUCGGGGUCGCCACCUUUUUAAAAAGCGAAGGGGCUCCAAUACUGCCUAGAAACCGCGAUCUUGGGUUCGGUCUUCACCGUCAGCAGUUUUGAAGGUAAACCCGGAACAGAACCCCCGUGUCGCAUCUGUAAAAUCAUCACACCACCGAGGAUCGUUUAAUGCAAAAGGACAGAACCACCCCCUGAUUGCCAGGAAAUUGUUUCCCAGUUUCUAUAUUUGUGGAUUUUAUAUGUAAUCAACUCUGUCAGAUGAUGAAAAAAACCUUGAAAUCUAAUGAUUGAUUCAAAGUUUAACAAUGAUUUAAAACAGAGAAAUUUAUUAUGCACAGAAAAAAAUGUGUCUUGUAUUAAAUAUUUUUAUUAAAAGAAUGUUUCAUUAAUGCAUUGAUAAGAAAACUAGGUUAGUUGUGCGGGAUGUUUCUGGUUUCAUUUCAAGUAACUCAAUUUCUACUACCAAGAGGACUGGCUCAGUUGUGGCGGGAUCCUGAGGCCGUCCACCCAGCAGGAGAUCCGGCUGGCAGACUGGCGUUGACCAGAAGUGCUGAGCAGCACAUGCCUGCAAACAUUGUUUUUUUUUUUUUUUAAAUCUUCACAGUGUUUUAAAGAACAUGUUAAAAAAUAAUAAUAAUCUAGGGCUCCUGCUGUCAAGAUUUCUGUCCUGGAAACCUUGUUUGAGAAAGGUGUUAAUAAAAUUCUAUUGCAAAAAUUUUUUUCUAGAAAAAAUAAAUAAAAAAAAAGAAAUUCCAAAGUAAUAAAACUUUUCUUGAAACAGACAAAAAAAUAAUGUUUGCUUACUAUUUGAUUAAAUAAAAUUUACUUACAUUUCUUUAAGGUAUUUUAAUUUUUUUAAUGUCUCUGUGGAGUAUUUGUAUGAUAUCAUAAUGUAUAUUUAUGUAGAAUCAAAUUAUAUAAACAAUACCAAUAUCAUUAUAGAAAAAUAACAUUUUAAUGUAUAUUGUUCUAACGAAUCACAUUGUGAAUCAUUUUGAAGUUCAUUAUAGCGAUAUUGAUAAAUUGUGGAAUUGUCUUAAUGUUUUUUUAUUAACUGAUAUUAUUUUAAACCUGAAAUUAUCAGUUACAUUCAUCAGUUGGUGAGUUUUGAAAAAGAAUAACUAAAUUUUAUUUCAAACUGAUAAAUGUAUAUGGUUUUAGUUCAGUGUUAAAAGAAUUUUAAUACACUAUUAAAUUACUUGAACUGAACAGUUCCUUGUAUAUAUUUUGCCUAUUCACUGUUGAUAUGUACGUAGUAAAUCGAGAGUUAAAUAACACUACAAUAUGGUACCAAAAGGAAAUUGUAUAGGAGCAAAGUCAAUAGUAGCUUUGCUGAAACAGAAGCAUAUGAAGCAUAUGUGUAAAUAAGUUUGGGCUUCCAGUUAUAAAUUUUGUAAUUUUUGUCAUUAUUUAUAUCCUAUAAAAAAAAAAAAAAAAAGCACAGAAAAUAAAACAAGUUGUACAGCC